AUGGAGUCUGGGAGUUCAAGCUCAAAGGACUCCCUGUCUUACACAAAGGAAGAUGUGAAUAAAACCAUUGUGACAGAAUUUAUCUUAAUGGCUUUUUCUAGUUUGCAGCAUUUGCAGAUUCUACUUUUUGCUGCCAUUCUGCUAGCAUACAUAAUCUGUGUCACAGGAAACAUUUUCAUAAUUGCUUUGGUCAGUGCUGUACCAUUGCUACAUACUCCAAUGUAUUAUUUUAUAUGUACUUUUGCAGUUUUAGAAAUCAUGUUUGUGUCAGACACUGUUCCCAAUCUUCUUGCUAACUUAAUUUCUGGGAACAAGAAGAUAUCACUACUUGGAUGUUUCACACAGAUGUAUGCCUUCAAUGGUUUAGGUAUUACAGAAUGUUAUCUUUUGGCAGUAAUGGCCUUUGAUCGAAACUUAGCAAUUAAUAAUCCUUUGCACUAUUCAACUAUUAUGAGUAAGGUACUUUAUAUUGAGCUAGCUGUAGCUCCUUGGAUUGUUGGCUUUACCAUCUCUUUUAUGACUACAAUUUUCACAGCUCGUUUGAAAUACUGUGGACCAAACAAGCUUGACCACUUUGUCUGUGACUUGGCUCCACUGCAGAAAUUGGCCUGCUCCAAUCCCUUCAUCAGCAGAGUGGUCACACUCUUAGCAGCUAUCCUUGCUACAGUUAUCCCAUUCAUUAUCAUUAUAGCUUUUUACAUUCACAUCAUUAACACAAUCUCAAAAAUUAAAAGUUCUGAAGGCAAGCAAAAAGCCUUCUCCACAUGCUCCUCCCAUCUUAUUGUAGCCAGCCUGUAUUACGGAACAGCCAUCAUUGUGUACGUCAGACCCAAUGGCAGCCAAUAUGACAAAUUCCUGGCUCUUAUGUACACUGUUAUAACACCACUGUUGAACCCAUUUAUUUAUACUUUGAGGAACAAGGAUGUGAAGUCAGCAGUCAGAAAAUCAAGACUAUUUAAGCGUGUUCUUGGCUCAUAUCCCAUCUAG